UGCACCCUACUGGACUGGGGUGGGUGUGUGGCCGGAGGAAGAGGGGCUCCCCCCCAGGUAAUGCAUUACAGCUGCGGGGCGAUGAGGCAGCAGAGAGGAUGAUCAGACCCUGGCAAGACACCCCCCCCUAAGAGCCGUCCCGCCCGAGGAGCCUGCACACAUCAAGGUAUGAGAAAUGAGUGUUGGAAGGAGAAGGUUAAAAUUGGUGGGGAUCCUAAUGAUGGUAAAUUUCUUCAUCUAUGUCAUUGUCGAAGUUUCAAAGAGCGACAGCCAAGACAAAAGCGGAAAAGGACAUGUUCUCCGACCACGUGGCAAAUUCUGGAGGAAAUACACAGAAAGCAAUGCUUAUUGGAAUAGGGAGCAGCAAAAGCUGAACAGAUUGUAUAAUCCAAUACUCAAUUUGCUCAACAAUGUUACAGUGGAGGAGAUGGUGGCUUUCAAUUCAAGUCUGCUGAACUCCUGUGAAAUGGACACAAAUAUACCAUCAGAAAUAAAAGACUUUGGCAGCUUGCCAGACAGAUUUAAGGAUUUCCUUUCUUAUUUAAGAUGUAAGAAUUAUUCCCUGAUUUUGGACCAGCCGGAUAAAUGUAAAGAUAAACCCUUUCUGCUACUGGCCAUUAAGUCCCUCACGCCACAGUUUGAUAGAAGACAAGCCAUACGGGAAUCUUGGGGGAAAGAAAUAAAAGUGAACAACAUGACUGUUGUAAGGGUAUUCCUUCUUGGAGAGACUCCAACUGAGGACAAUCACCCGGAUCUUUCGAGUAUGAUUAAAUAUGAAAGUGAAAUGUACAAUGAUAUCCUUCUCUGGAACUAUAGGGAUACUUUUUUCAACUUGACUCUUAAAGAAGUCCUCUUCCUGAAGUGGGUAAGCCAUUCCUGUGCAGAUGUCCAGUUCAUUUUUAAAGGAGAUGAUGACGUUUUUGUAAAUACCCAUCAGAUCCUGGAUUACUUGAAGACGUUAUUGGCAGAAAAAGCCAAAGAUUUAUUUAUCGGGGAUGUGAUCAAAGAUGCUGGACCCCAUAGGGACAAGAAGCUGAAGUACUACAUUCCUGAGAGCCUUUAUGAAGGCUCCUACCCACCGUACGCUGGCGGUGGAGGCUUCCUCUACUCCGGUAAUCUGGCGCUGAGACUUUACAACGCCACUUCUAGGGUCCUCAUGUAUCCUAUCGAUGAUGUAUAUACUGGAAUGUGCCUUGAAAAACUUGGGCUAGCUCCAGAGAAACACAAAGGGUUCAAGACAUUCGAUAUAGAGGAGAAACAUAAGAAUAAUAUUUGCUCCUAUUCUAAUUUAAUUUUAGUCCAUCCCAGGAAGCCUCAAGAAAUGAUUAAGAUUUGGUCACGGUUACAAGACUCUAAUUUAAACUGUUAAGCAAGA